GCUCUCGCCGCCGCCUCCUCCUCCUCUCCGCGUCUCCGCCCCCCCCCCCCGUGCAGUUUCCUCAGGUGACCGCCGCGGGACGACCGGGGACUGUGACGGGACCGUCCGUGUGCUGCCCGGGGCCUCAGCUCUGAAACCUCAGCCCUGCACCCGGAGCGGAACACACGUCGGAGUUCAGCCUCCAGCUAUGCGGAGGAGCGCGUACCGGAGCCAGGAGAGGAUCUUCGGUUUCUCGCAGUUCGCUUGACUCUGAGUCAGUCCAGGUGUGGCUGCUGUACCUGCGGCUGCGGGUCUGACUCCCUGGGACUUAAGACUGUGAGGGUUUUUCCGCUUUAGGACGGUCUGCGUGGUUCGGGGCUCACGAUGCCGGAGCUGAUCAGUGUGACAGAGUUUAUCGCGGAGACUAAUGAGGACUACAAAGCUCCUACCGCGUCCAGCUUCACCACUCGGAUGUCCCACUGCAGGAACACGGUGGCUGCCCUGGAGGAGGCUCUGGACGUGGACCGAUCAGUUCUGUACAAGAUCAAGAAGUCGGUGAAGACCAUCAACACAUCUGGUCAGGCUCACGUGGACAGUGAGGAGCAGUACAUCCAGUCCAUGGAGAAGUUCGGGGACAACUGUGUUAGCCGAGAGGACACCGAAGUCGGCUCCGCCUUCCUCAAGUUCGCUGUUUUCACCAGAGAGCUGACGGCGCUCUUCAAAAACCUGUUGCAGAACAUGAACAACAUCAUCACCUUCCCCCUGGACAGUCUGCUGAAGGGAGACCUGAAAGGAGUGAAAGGGGAUCUGAAGAAGCCGUUCGACAAAGCCUGGAAGGAUUAUGAGACCAAACUAGCGAAGAUCGAGAAGGAGAAGAGGGAGCACGCCAAGCAGCACGGGAUGAUUCGGACUGAGUUCAGUGGCGGAGAAAUCGCAGAGGAGAUGGAGAAGGAGAGACGACUCUUCCAGCUGCAGAUGUGCGAGUAUCUCCUCAAAGUGAACGAGAUCAAAGUGAAGAAGGGCGUGGACUUCCUCCAGAGCCUCAUCAAGUAUUUCCACGCUCAGUGCAACUUUUUCCAGGACGGACUGAAAGCUGUGGAGAGUCUGAAACCCUCCGUGGAGAAACUGGCUACAGACCUGACCGCGAUUAAACAGACUCAGGAUGGCGAGAGGAAACAGCUGGCUCAGCUCCGAGACGUCCUGAAGGCUUCCCUGCAGUCCGAGCAGAAAGAGACUUCACAGGACUCUCAGGCGAAGCAGAACGCAGGCUACAGCCUCCAUCAGCUGCAGGGAAACAAGGCCCACGGGACCGAACGCUCCGGAGUCCUCUACAAGAAAAGUGAGGGACUGAGGAAGGUGUGGCAGAAGAGGAAGUGCUCGGUGAGGAACGGUUUCCUGACCAUCUGCCACGGCACGGCUAACAGGCCUCCGGCCAAACUCAACCUGCUCACCUGCCAGGUGAAGAGGAAUCCGGACGAGAAGAAGAGCUUCGAUCUGUUCUCACACGACAGAACCUAUCACUUCCAAGCCGAGGACGAAGCAGAGUGUCAGGUAUGGGUGUCGGUGCUGCAGAACAGCAGGGAGGAGGCGCUGAACAAGGCCUUCAAGGGAGAUCAGAACGAAGGAGAGAACAACAUCGUCCAGGAGCUGACCAAGGCCAUCGUAGGGGAGGUGAAGAGGAUGAGCGGCAACGACAGCUGCUGUGACUGCGGAGCGGCCGGCCCCACCUGGCUGUCCACCAACCUUGGGGUGCUGAUCUGCAUCGAGUGUUCGGGGAUCCACAGGGAGAUGGGGGUCCACUACUCCAGGAUCCAGAGUCUGGACCUGGAUGUCCUGGGAACCUCCGAGCUGCUGUUGGCCAAGAACGUAGGAAAUGCCAUAUUCAACGAGAUCAUGGAGGCAGAUCUGUCGGCGCAGGACGUGACCAAACCGGAUCCGAGCAGCGACAUGCAGAUGAGGAAGGACUACAUCACAGCCAAGUACACAGAGAAGCGCUUCGCGCAGCGGCUUUGUGCCGACGCUGCGUCCAGACUGCAGGUUCUAUACGAGGCCGUCCGGAACAGAGACAUCCUGUCUCUGAUCCAGGUCUACGCCGAGGGAGUGGACCUGAUGGAGGCCGUCACACAGCCCAACGAACACGAACCCGGAGAGACGGUGCUCCACCUGGCGGUCCGAAUGGUCGACAGAAACUCGCUCCACAUCGUCGACUUCCUCGCUCAAAACAGCGUUAACCUGGACAAGCAGACGGCCAGAGGAAGCACGGCGCUGCAUUACUGCUGCCUGACCGACAACAGCGAGUGUCUCAAACUGCUGCUGAGAGGAAAAGCUUCGGUCUCCAUCACGAACGAAGCCGGGGAGACGCCGCUGGACAUCGCCAAACGUCUCCGACACACUCGGUGUGAAGAACUGCUGAAUCAGGCUCAGACCGGGAAGUUUAACGUCCACGUUCAUGUCGAGUACGAGUGGCGUCUCCAGAACGAGGACCUGGAUGAGAGCGAGGAUGAGAUGGAGGACAAGCCCAUCCCCAACCGUCGCGAGGAGCGUCCGGUCAGCUGCUUCGUGCCGGGCAGCGGCCCCAUGCAGCCCAACCUGGCGGCGCUGGCCCGGGACGCCGCCUGCCUGAUGCGGGACAAACAGAGGCCCCAGGUCCCCAGCACCAUAAUCAGCAACGAGACCUACGGCACCGUGCUGGACCUCAGCCUGCUGCCAGUGGGGCCGACACCCCCGCUGCCACCCAGAGCGCCUCACAGAGGUCACAGUAAACCUGCUGCCAUGGAAACGGUGGGAAGACAGCGGUCGUCCUCCGACCCCCCCAACCCUCAAACGCCCGAGAGGAACUCCUCCAUGUAUGUUCUCCCAGCACCUCCUCCUCCUCCUCCAGUAAACAAGAAGUCCAGUAUGUUGGAGUCCAAGACCGUGUCAGCCAGGAACAUCCCCCUCCCUCCUCUGCCUCCUCCACCAUUACCAGGACUCUCCCCCGCCCCCCCAGUACCACCGGUCCCACCACCGGCCUCCAUCCCACCACCGCCCCACUACAAAGCUCCACCUCUCCCCCCACCAGUCCCCUGCCACCAGCCCAGCAGACCACCAGGACCAUUGAGACCCAAGUCUCCCAAGUCUCCUAAAUCACCCAGCGGAUCAGUGAAACAUCCUCCACAGAGACCUCCUGUCAGGUCUGGAUCUGUGGACAAACGAGGUCCUCAGGCCAAAUCCCCCCACAGUCCGGCUCCUCCCACACCCAAACCCAGAACCAACUUCUCUGUAAGUCCUCAGACACAACAGCAGCACCAACAGAGGUCAGAGGUCAACGCUGAGGGUUCCAUACAGUCAAAUGAGGCAGGGACAGCUCGCCAAAAAGCAGAAGCCUCAGAGGGUAAAGGCCAUCUACAACUGCUGCGCCGACAAUCCGGACGAGCUGACGUUCACCGAGGGGGAGGUGAUCGUGGUGGAGGGGGAGGAGGACAGCGAGUGGUGGAUCGGUCACGUUGAAGGAGAGCCGAGCAGACGAGGAGCUUUUCCUGUCACCUUCGUUCACUUCAUCACAGAGUGACGUCGGGCGUGAACCCAGGCGAUUCCCGCCGCCUGUUGUUUAACAGCGCGGCUCGGUCCGGGCGGAGACGAGCGGGACGAAGACUCGGAGUCAUCCUCCUCCGGAGCGACGAGGAGGCUCGAAGCCGAGACCCUGAAUCUAAAAGAACUGAAACAACAGAGUGAAGCUCCCUUUCCUUCCACCUGACACCUUCUGUCAAACUUCUGCUCUCAGAUGAUGAAAAUUUAAAGCCUGAGAGCUGACGCCAUCUUUACAAACUCGUGUCGUUGUUCGGACUCUCAGAACUUGAUUUUAAAUUCUGUCGGAGAUCUCCAAGUUUCCAAAGAUCCCAAAUCUGUCUGCCUGAAUUUUGUGCAAAAAUAUGUUUAAAAUGAUGCAACAGAAAUAAAAAAAACAUGGAGUGUUGAGUGAAUCUCAGUGGAAACAUCACGGAGCCUCAGUGAAGAGCUGCAAACACGCGAUACACUCUGUGGCCAAAAGUAUGUGGACAGUGGAGGCUGCUGUAGCACCACAAACAUAUGUUUCACUGUCACACGUGGAGCUGUCCUCAUACUUUCGGCCAUGUGGGGUGUAUGAUAAUGGUAGACGGAGUCAGAGGAAAAAUGUCAAACCUCAGAUCUGUGAAACAGCAUCUGCUGCUGGUAUCAAACCUGUGACGUUACAGCCCAGAAAAGCUCUGAUCUGAUCUGUGAUCUGUUCUGCUUCUGAAUGUUUGGAUGACGAGUGUCCGUGACUCCAGUUUGGACCGGAAAACACGGUGCAGGUGAUUUUUAUUGGUUUAACUUGUUGGCUGAAGGGUUGCAGGGAAACUCACUGUAUUAGCCGGGGGGUAAAAUAUCAACGUCCAUGUUGAUUUGACUGUACUCUCAUGUUCUUGU